ACAGCCACCUUCCAUCUUGUAUUGGGAACAUAUCUCGUAAAUAUGAGAUGUUCCUGAUUUGCGGCCAGAACAUAAUGUAAAGUCGAUGUGAGGCGCGCUGUGUCAGGAGCAGAUCCAGACUCACUACUCCUCAGUGGGUCCCAGCAAAAACAUCGGUCCUCCCCUCCCACGAGGUGUGGUAACUACUAGCUUUUUAACGGUCAUUCCAAGACGAGUAAGAAGUUUGAACUCUGCAAGCAAAUGCUCCGUUCAAUUUCUGUCCGCCAGUUGGAGUGCCCAUCAAUUCGAAGGACUUAUACGUUUUGUGCAACAUGGAGAACCUCGGAAGACUGCAUGAAGGAAGAGAAAUACUUUAAUUUGUUGCAGAGGUGUGGUGAAAUCUCUACUUUGGGUCAUGGUAAAGCAAUUCAUGCUAAAUUUAUUAAGGAAUCCCUCAUUUCAUCCCUUUUCCUUCACAACAAUCUGCUGAACAUGUAUGUGAGAUGUGAUGACCUUGCUGGAGCUGUCAAUCUGUUUGAAGAAAUGCCUGAGAGGAAUGUUGUUUCAUGGUCCGCCAUCAUUGCAGGCCUAGUCCAACAUGGGUGUGUCCAUGAAGCUCUUUCUCUGUUCUCUCGCAUGCAACAAACUGGGGUGAGUCCCAAUGAAUUCACCCUUGUUAGUACUCUAAAUGCUUGCUCCCUGUCUGAGAAUCCUUCUCAUGCCUACCAAAUUUAUGCUUGGAUUGUUAAGUUCGGAUUUGAAUCAAAUGUGUUCUUGAUUAAUGCUUUCCUCACUGCACUGAUCAGGCAUGGUAAACUGGUGGAAGCAGAAGAAUUUUUUGACAAGUGUCCAUGUAGAGAUAUUGUCUCUUGGAAUGCGAUGAUCGCUGGGUACUUGCAGUUCUCCUACAUAGAUGUCCCGGGCUUCUGGUAUAGGAUGAAUCAGGAGGGUGUAAAGCCUGAUAACUUCACAUUUGCAACUGUUCUAACAGGUUUGGCAACCAUUUGUGAUCUUAAAAUGGGUUUGCAAGUUCAUGCACAGCUCAUUAAGUCAGGUCAUGGAGAUGAGAUUUGUGUUGGGAAUUCUUUGGUUGAUAUGUAUCUGAAGAAUCGAAAUUUAAUUGAAGGUUCAAAAGCAUUUGGUGAAAUGCCUCAGAAAGAUGUGAUCUCCUGGACCCAAAUGGCUUCUGGGUGUUUACAAUGUGGGCAACCAAGGAAAGCACUUACGGUGAUAGAUGAGAUGAAGAAGGUGGGUGUUAAACCCAACAAGUUCACAUUGGCAACUGCGUUUAACUCUUGUGCCAGUUUGGCUUCCUUGGAAGAAGGAAAGAAGGUUCAUGGUCUGAGAAUUAAGCUAGGGACUGAAAUUGAUAUCUGCGUAGACAACGCCCUACUCGAUAUGUAUGCAAAAUGUGGAUGCAUGGAUGGAGCAUGGGGCGUGUUCCAAUCGAUGGACACUAGGUCAGUUGUUUCAUGGACUACGAUGAUCAUGGGGUUUGCUCAAAAUGGCUAUGCCAGGGAAGCGCUGGACAUUUUCGAAAGAAUGAGGUUUGCAGGUGUAGAGCCAAACUAUAUUACUUUCAUUUGCGUACUGUAUGCAUGUAGUCAAGGGGGAUUCCUUGAUGAAGGGUGGAAGUAUUUCUCUUCCAUGACCCACGACCAUGGCAUUGCUCCUGGGGAAGAUCAUUAUGCAUGUAUGGUAGAUAUUCUUGGUCGAGCAGGACAGAUCAGGGAGGCUGAGGCCCUAAUACUAAAUAUGCCCUUUCAACCAGGGGUUCUGGUAUGGCAGACCUUGCUUGGCGCAUGUAGGGCUCAUGGGGACCUGGAUACAGGAAAGCGAGCAGCAGCACAGGCACUUGCUCUGGAAAAGGAGGAUCCUUCAACUUACCUUUUAUUGUCUAACAUGUUUGCUGACUUUGGCAAUUGGGAUAAUGUGGGCAAGUUGAGGGAAUUAAUGGAGACUAGAGAAGUAAAGAAAGUACCUGGAUGUAGUUGGAUAGAGGUAACAGGCAAUCAACAACCCUCAAGAAUCUAUCGAGCUUGAAACUGAAGACAUAUACAUACCUCUUUAAUUGGCAGGUUCAGAACACAACUUGGGCUAUCACUUUUGUUAAUGUGCUGUGAUUGAUGGUACCUUUUCUUGAUCAUAUGUGGUGUGGUAUUCACCAAUAACUUGGUCAUCUGGUGAAAAAGAAGCAUCAAAUUUGCUUUUGAAGCAACAGAAAUUCCUUUGAAGGGUUGAAACCUCUUGGAGCUUGGCACCGAAACCCCCCAACAUGGUAGACUCCUUACAUUAAUUUGGCAU